AUGGAAGAAAGGUGGCUCUUCUCCUUCUUCUGUCUGGUCUCAGUGCCCAUCAUUGCAGGCCAGCUUAAAGACAUCGUUGCACAAAAAGAAGUGGUCCAUGCUUUGCCAGGUGCUGACGUGACCCUGGUGUGCAGCUUCCUAAAGCCACCCGCCACCUACGUAACGCAGACGCAGUGGUCCAAGACUAAAAACAACCAGGUUACCAGAAUAGCUGUUUAUCACCCUGAUUUUGGCAUCCAUUACUUCACCUUUCCUGAGGCUUCUUACAACUUUUCAGUGUCCUUCAGCACAAGGGAGUGCUGCAGCUGGGAUGUUACAGAGGCUUUGUGUUCCCCUGGUCCAAACAUCACAUCUGAAUGCAGUCAGUGGACUCUCCAUUUGAAAAAUGUUACUGUCUCUCUUAGUGGGCAGUACAAGUGCAGUUUUGCUACUUUCCCAUAUGGGACAAAGACUGCAAAAAUUCAGCUUGUUGUCAAGGAAGAAGAAGAGCAGCACUAUGUGAAGGAAGUGCAGUUAAACCAGACUUUAGAAAUUCCAUGCCUUGAGGACACCACCUCAGAAAAUUUGCCCAAUUAUCCUUUGAAAUGGCUAGUGGAAGAAAAUGGCAGGAAAGAGGAACUUGUGACCAAGGAGCUCUCUUCUCCUCCAGUGUAUAGGAACAGCAGCAUCCUUUACGGGCAAACAUUCCGCCUGGGUUUGAAAAAUGCUCUAAAGGUUUUUCCCACCAAAAUCACAGACGAUGGCAGGGUGUUUUUCUGCCAUGUGGUGUACCACCCAGAGAGAGUCUGGAGGAGCAGAACUACAGUGCGUGUUUUUGCCUACCCUGAGAUCUCUAUUAGCCUGCAGGAGGGCUCAGCUGGCACUUCUCAGAAGCCUAAUGUGAGCUGCGUUGUGAGGAAGGCAUUUCCCAAGCCAAGCCUCGUGUGGUAUGUGGACAGAGCAAGACUGAUGGAACAACAGCCUGGAGAAAUUUCUCUUGAACAAGACGACUUGCAAGACAGUGAAGGUUUCUAUCAGCUGACAUCAACACUGAUGUUGCAAAGGACCCAGCAGACACAUAAGACGUUCUCCUGUACAUGUCUGUUUCCCUUCCUUGGGAAUGAAACACGGAAUAUUUCAUCAAAAGAAAUAUUUGUUUCCUUUCACCUUGGAAAUUCAGCACUUCCAUCAGCUGUCAUGACUACCACAGAGUACCAGUCAACAUCUUUGUCCUCUCUGGAUUUCACAAGUCAAGCAAGCUUGCCUUUUCCUUCCCUGACACAAGGAGCACUGAUUUCUGCUGCAGAGACAAAAAGCUACACCCGCACCAAAGCAUUCAAUGAGAGUUUGACAACAGCUUAUUUGAAUUAUUCCACUACCAAAUCCCUGCAAAGCCUCAGGAAUGCCACGCGCUCCUCAGAGAAUACAACCCUGGCUCAUCGAAACACAUCCUUCACCACCACAGAUGAGCCAACUUCAGUUACCAGAGGGAAAGGUUUCUUUACUACCAUCAGCCUACUCAAAAGUACUGGUAGCACAAAGGACAUUAAAGGAAGUCGCUUCCCCUGGCCAACAGUGGUAGCUGUCCUGCUCCUCAUCUGCAGUUUUCUAAUAGCUCUAGGCAUCAGGAAAUGGUGUCAGUACCAGAAAGAGAUUAUGAACAGACCUCCACCUUUCAAGCCACCACCACCUCCGACGAAGUAUACCUCCAUGGUGGAGUCUGAUGGGACUCCUACCUCCUGUCAUGAACUGGAAAACCUCUAACAUCACCUAAAACCCUUGAGCAGUGCACACAAGACUGACAAAUUUAAAAGGCUCUGUCUUUAAAACAGUGAUUACAGGAGUUUGGUGUUAAUGACCCCUAUUAAAAUCUGGGAUGCAUAAAUGACAUUAAUAUCAGAAGAUGAAGACUCCUGAGGACAUUUACUUCAUCCUGUCUAUCUCUACAUAUGCAUUACAUUAACACCAUGUGAGUGUCACUGUGAGAUUACAUGUGCUUAAUUUGAAUUUGGUGAUCAGCUGGGAGUUUGCUGUCUUGUUAAUGGAAACUGAUUAACUCAUCACUCCCCCAACCUGCCUGAAGAGUGUUGAAGCUUUUUAUUUCUCGGAGUGUAUAGACAUGACAGCUCUGCCAUAUGGACACAAUGAUUACAUGGGAAACAUUGACUUACCAAAAGCUUUUGACACCUACAUGACCAGUUUUUACAAUUAUUAGGUUUUAUUACACAAAUAUUGACUAAUAUGAUCCAACCUGCUGUUUCCUAUCAUUAUGAAACAAAAAAACACCAA